CGUAGGCGCCAGUGUGAAGUUGGAAGUGGUGGUGAGUGGACGUGCGACUCCGCGUUCCCGCUCGACGACUUGGUCCCAUUAAAGUUUGCGGAAACUUUUGUUGACGUUGCAGUGGAAUUGAUAUAUUUUUGGGGCUCUCAUUCCAUUAGGUUUAUUGUGUGUUGGUUCCUGUGUCAGUAUUGAUGCACUCGUAUAAAGAAACCAACGAAUUUGCAGCAGUUCAAGUUCCUGAAUAAAUAAAAAAGAUAAUAAAGUCAGGCGAGCGGAUCCACCAAGUGAUACCUGACUUGGAAAUCCCAACUCACUCGCGUCGAACAACCAACUCUUCAAAAGAUCUGCAUCGGGCGAUGGUAACUAGUUACUGCACGCUGUACCACAGUCUCUAGAUUUCCCUGACGAAGAACAAUGGCGUGAGGGAAGCUGCCCAGAGAAUGAUGGACAAUUCUUAACGGACCGUCUUCACGAGGUCUUAUAACCCCCUCUCCCCACCCCACAAUGUCAGUCAUUUGCCAGACCUUCGUCCAGAACGCAUGGAAGAAGGAAAUAUGCUCGAACUGCUUCAAGUCUAAGGAAGAACAUGGCGGAGGGGGUGGAGGUAGAGGAGGAGGAGGAGGUGGUGGUACUCAAGGCGGAGGAAGAGGUGACGACGUUAAUGGCUUUAACUCUAAGGGACUGAGCAGGAGCUUGGAUGGCGGAGUGGGUGGGUCGAAGCGGUACAUGGGAGUAGCAGGUAGCGUGUACCAGCGGAGUUACUACAACAGAAACUCCUGGAAGUCCAUGAUGCUGGACCAGUCGGACUCUGGCUUGAAGUCUCCUGGUCUCAUCAAGGGGAUGUCGAACUUGGUCAGCCACGAAAAUGAGAAAAAUCUCAAGCUCAGUGACAUGAUGGACUCUGACAACAGAGGCGACUCUUUACGAAGUUCUAGGCUGGUCCAGCACGUGAAAACGUCCCAGAGUGAAGCUAAACUUUUGAGUGAACUGUUGGGUAAUGGUCUUGACAACGACCGUCUUGUGUCUGAGAAGAAGAAGGAACCAGAUAAGCCCUAUAUUGAGGAUAAAGGAGAUGUAAGUAGUGAUUUGGGUUCAGAGGCCAGUAAUGACAUAAGUAGCACAUCAUCUGCCUCAUCCUCAUCAUCAUAUGAAGUUAUGGGUUCUGCAGCUAACAGUGACACCACCUCUGUGAAGAGUGAUGCGGGGAGUGAGCAGUUUGAAGGGGAAAGGGAUGAGUACCUUGGACGAAACACCAAGGAGUUAAAUGGAGAUGGCUUUUUGAAAAUGGGCGACCCUGUCAAACAUGUUACAGUCAAUAGUAUUCUUAAAAAAGCAGGUGAUCCUAAGGGAACUAGGGGAUCUAUUACUUUUAGCACUAAGAUUGAGGAGGUCAUAGGCUAUGGUGGAGAUGUUGACUAUUCGGAUGAUGAAGACAUGAUGGAUGAUGAUGACGAUGAUGACUUGGAUGACUUCAUGGAUCUCACCCCAGAUGAAAGAGUUCUAAGGAGGCUUACUGAGAAAAACACUGAUUUUAAUUCUGAUAAUGAUAACCUCAAGAAAGACAUAGAGGAAUUACUUCCUUCUGUCAAGGAAUUAGAGGAGAAAAGGAAAAUGAUAAUUGCAGAGAUUGAAGAACUAGAAAGACUGGGUAGAGAAAACAGGUCUAAAACAGAUAAGGCAAAACAGCAACAGCAAGAAGAAAAGAAAGAAGAAAAGCCAGAAGGGAAAGUUAAGUUGAAACGCUCCCCACCUCUAGUGACUAUCAAACCCUUAAUUGCCAGGAACAAUAACGAAGUUCGAGUAAAUCAAGUUCUGCCAAUGAAAAAUGGAGAAAUUGUGAGACCUGGCCUAUCUAAUGAAAUUGAGGAUAUUCCCUUGAAAGGUAUUAAACCAAAGUAUGUGUCAAGAGAAGACGAAAUGGUAGAAAAAAUAGUAUCAGAUGAUGAACGAAAAGUAAAUGCAGGAAAAGUUACUUCCAUUGAUGAUUUUUGUCUUCCUGACAAUUCUAAGAAACAAAAGGUAACUUCCAUUGAUGAUGUCUGUGCCCCAGUUGUUGAUGAUACAGUUAAAUCAGGGGAAAGCCAUCAAAAUGAAGCUUCUGCAAUAACAAGAAUUGACAACUUGUUAAUGAAGACAGAAUCACAGGUUACACCAGAAACCACUGAAUCUAAGGAAAAUCCUACUGCAAACUCAAAUAUUGAGACUCUCCCUUCUUUAUCUGUCACCCCAAAUAUUCCUGCUGCAGAGAGCAAGGAAGAAAAGCUAGGUCGCUCUGAAACAGUGCAAGAAGAAAUUCACACAAAACCGAGUAGUCAGGAAUGUAAGGAGAAGAAAAGCAAAUCAGAUGAAAGUGCUGGUAAUCUUGCAGACAUCUCUUCAGAUACCAAAGACUUAUCCAGAAAUGCUCCUGUCUCAGCCCCUAGAAAAUCUUUGUCAACAACCUCUAAGGAAUGUAAGGAAAAGGAACUAAUGGAAGAUAAUUCUAAAAAGGCACAUUUCAAUACCACAGAGCCAGCAAAAGAACCACCAUUGAAAGCAAACUCUGAGCCAGUAAAAGAAUUAGUGGAAACAAUCCCAAAAGUUCAGUCUAAAAAAGAAAGUAAAGUUAACGAACAGAAUAUUGCAGAAAUAAAGGCUACAGCAGUCACUCAGCAACAAAAUCAAGUUGAUGCAGUGCCAAAUGAAACCAUAAACUCAGGGUUAGACAAAAAUUUGGCCAUAAAUCACAGCCCCUCAGGGUCCCAUGGAAGGAGUAUACCUACAAGACGUCUGUCGUUAAAUCAUGAAAUAUUAGAAAUACAAACUUAUAAAGAGCCUCUGAAAGUAUCUGCUAGUAUUCCAGAUGAAAAAUUAUAUGCCUCACAAAGUGAGAUAGAGGUACCCAAAACUCCUGAACAUUCUAAGACUCCAGCUAGCCGCCAAGGGAGCACCUCUAGUCUUUUCACCACAUUUGGAACACCUGUUAUCACAUCUACCGCUCAGAACUCCUUUUUACAUUCCUCCUCAUCACGAUCUAUGUAUGAUGAUGGCAAUUCAUCUUCACCUGUUUACAGUCCAGCAACAACAGACUUUCUCAAAGAUAUUAAAUCUCAUCCUGAAGUUCCUACCCCUACAGCUGGUAUCCAAAAAUCAGCUCUUUAUGCAUCAACAUCUUGCCUUAAGGGAUUACCGGGAGCAAAGCCAGUUAUAACACCCAAACCACCAAUACUGAAAGAUAAACCAAAAGUUCCAUUCAAGCCAUCUGGUAGUACUUCCAGAAUCUAUGCCACACCAUCUCCUAUAAUACCGAAGGGAUCUCCAAACAAUCUGUCAGGAGCUAUGUCAACUCCUAAUCUACCUGGAAGCCUUGAGAGUAGAGGUAGUACACCGAGUACCCUGCUAAACAAGUCCAGAAGCCACCCAAGAAUCAAAUUACAAACCCCUUCAGAUCAGAAGAAACCUCCUCCCACAACACAAGCACCAGCUAUUCCAAUGUCAAGUGGAAUCCAGAAUAAUGAAGUGGUUUAUGAUAUUCCAGUAACAAUUGCUUCUAGUCAGUCCAGCAAUUCAGAACCUCUUUCCUCCAGAUCUAGUCUAAAAAAUGGAGUAAAAGUAGAUGAUACUACAAUUUAUCAUGAGAUUGAUGAUAGUUUAAAAACAAAAGUAGGGCCUGGAAUUAACACUGACAAAGUGAGCAAUUCAAGUACAGAAACCAAGGAUCCAGCUGACACUGGCAGUUCCCCUGCCAAUGUCGCCAGAGUUGAAUCUACUCGCUGUCAGUCAAGGUCAACUUUUGAGGCAAAUCGUUCAUUACUCUCUGCAGCGCUCGAUUUUGGUAGUAAAGCUUUAAGGUCAAGCUCCAGUAAAAGAACCGCUCCUCUGCCACCUGAAGAAGAGACUGAUGAAUGUGGCGCUAAAGAAGUUACCUCAGUUGUUGAAUCUACCGAUUCAGAAAGCCCAGGGAAUACAGAAAAUGUACAAGAUGGUAUAUAUGAAGAUUAUACACGCGCAGUUCAUAGUCAGGAAGUGCCAGUACAGAAUGAUAACAACGACGGAGAAUCUUAUUCUUCCUUCACCGAUGAUUUUGAUGACGACGAAGAUGAGGAGGAUGAGCAAGCAAAACUUGCUUUGAGAAAAGCCGAGAGGUCAUCAUCGGCCAUCCCAUUUUACCGGAACUCUGUGGGGCCCAUCUUGACCCACGAUUUGGAAACCAUAGCUUCGGCGGAUCCAAAUGGCGAAGGACCAACUCAAGGUGUACCUUCUGGAUGGGAUUACGGGAAUUCAUCAAACAGAUCUACAGCCUCCAGAUCUCACUCAGUACCGAGGGUUACUGAACACAUGGUCAAUAUCAUAACCGACCCUUCUCCCACAUCGACGGGUGGAUUUUCUUCGAAAUUCAGCUUUGGUAGAUCAGGGUUCUUCCGCCCAUCGUCGCCUCCGACGCUCAAGCGGAACAGCGGCAAAAACAACAACAACAACAACAGCAGCAGCGAAAGAGGUCGCGACAGGACCAAGAAGUCAACCUCAGCCUCGACUUCCUCCUCCUCCUCGAGGUUCUCCUUGAAGAAGUUGCUGAGACUCGGCUCGAGGGACGAUGAGAAGAAGAGUCAGAAGGAGCAGGAGAAGAGGCUCUUGCGGGAGUCGAAGAAGGGGAAGCUGCAAAUCAUUCACCCUCUCGAUUACAAUCAGAAUGGCGUUGAGGUCAUUGCCAGACCAGAAAAGACGUCUCCGAUCUAUGACUACACGGGCAUCUACGGAUACAUUCCACCUCCUCGAAUGAGUUCCAAGAUAGAGGACCUCUAUGGUGUUACUGUUUCCUCCUCAUCUCAGGUACCUCCGGUGCAGGCUUCUUCUCCUGCGCCCUCCUUAGGAAGCAAGCGUUCGGAACUGUCGUCGGGGGAGUCUGCAUCCACUCCGUCAGAGCCUACUUCUGCCACUCCUGCGUAUGCCGUCUCAUCUGCCAUCCCGACGGCAUCGACUAAGGCGUCCAGCACUUCGCCCAUACCCUCCGUCACGUCGAUGAAUAAUCCCACGGCCUCUUCGUCUGCUGCGCCGCCGUCAGUAUCGGGUUCUUCUUCCAAUGCCAGUCAUACUUCGACCUUGGAGAAGAGGAGUUCCUUCUUGAAAAAGGACUCCCACUUGGAGAGAUGUGAGUCCAGUGCCAGUCACACCAGUAGUAGUCAGGUGGUCACUUCGUCCUCGACUCCCACUCAUCAUCACCUUGGCUACAACUCUGAAGGUCGACCCAAACCGCCUCCCCCACCCAGGAAAGUAUCCCUAGAGACCUCCCAACCCAACGAAAUCUACUCGUCUGUAGCCGACUUGGCCACGCCGAAGCUUCCUCACCCUUCAGAAUCCUCCGCUGCAGAGGCGCCUUCAAGGCCCCAGAGGCCUCCGCCUCCCACGCGCACGCCCAGCAACGCAGGCCAGAGCCAGGGCAAAGCUGGGCCUCCUAGACCGGACCCGCCCAAAAUUGGGAGGGACUCCGUCUACGCGAACCUUGGGGACGUCCGUGCCCCCAUCACGCCCAGGAAACCCGGGAGAAGUGCCAGCAUCAGGGGCGACGAGGAUCGGGAGAAACGAAGGGCGCCCCAGCCUCCACAUGGCCCUCCACAGCUGGGGCAAGAGAUCGCGCAGCAGGCCGCUGCGCAGCAGCAGCGAACCAUCAGGCACCAGCACCAAGACAGCACCAGCAGCAGCUGCAGCAGUAUGAGCAGCACAGCUCGGUCUUCCAAAGGCCCGGCACCGCCGAGACCACAGCAGCCUCAGUACAGCAGUAACGAUUACGAAACCUACGACAGAGAUGCUGGCGGUGCUGCUAAUUACUACAGCAGCAGCAGCAGCCAGAACCGUUCUGCGUCCCCUGUGCUGUACGACGCCCCUCUUCUUGCUUCUGCCAGGUUGGACUCCCCUCAAGACAUUCACACUUCUGAUGGGUACAUUAUUCCGGCCCAGCUAACAAUGGCUCCAAGGGUAACGCAGAUUGCAGUGGGAUCCACUACUUCUGUUGUGAUGUCAACUUCGAGAAUUGAAGAAGUGUAUAAAGUCCCCCAAAAUAACAGCCAGACUGUUGAUGCAGCCUCUGCCCUGUCUUUACGUCAGGAGAAGACAGGUCGCCUGAGUGUACGUCGCGGAUCUGCUGUAACCCACCGAACCUUGGAAGACCAAUACGGCGCUGUCAUUUCGGCAAAUCUUGAGGCCCUCUCCAAUAUGCUAGACCAGUUAUCCAGUAACUGCUGUCCACCUGGAUAUGAAGAGGUAAGCCGUCGAGUCAAGAGAUGGGAGGACACUGUCAUGGAUGAGGACAUAGUUGUCGGGGCAGGACCCCGAUUGUUCUACCAAGGAGUCGCCUGUGGAAAGGACAUAACGCUCAUGUUGACCCCAGAGACGAAAGUGGAUGCCCACCAUCUCUUGACCACAAUGCCCAUCACAGAGUUCAAAGAUCAGCUUCCCACACACUUGGUGUCGCAUAAGACUAUCAUUAGAGGGAAAACAACACCAGGAACUGUAUGGGUUCUACCAUCCUUGAACCUUACUACCUUGAGAACACUAGCAGAUGAAAGCCUUCCAGAUUUGCUGAAAGCCCCACUGGAAUGGGAGCGACAGACUUGUCUCUUGCUCCUGCAGUAUGUCACUGCCCUGAAACAGCUUCAAGCCCAAGGCGUCGAGGAGACUUGCAUAGAGUUGACCCUCGCUGCAAGAGGCAGCGACGAAGUAGGACAAGAUUCUGAUCCAAGGGUCAUUAUAGUGCCCCCUGUGGAGAGUGGUAUACCUCUGAAGUCAUUAUGUGAAUGUGCUGCCAUAACCACUCUCAUGCUCAUGGGAGUAGAACCUCCAGAAAGUGUUAGGGAUUGGGAUUUAUCCAUCCCAGCUCCAGUGCCUUCACAACGAGCUUUCAAAUGCCUUCUGCAGUUGCUUAAUGAAGAGAAAGCAGGGUCACUGACAAAGGUCAAAUGUAUCCUAGAGGUGCUGUUAUUUGGUCCUGACAACUCUGGAAAUGAGAGCAAGACACCAGAAGAAGUCGAAGCUGCAUUAGAGCGGUGGUUGGACCUUGAGAGAGCCACCGUUCUCCACACGCUUAUUCGUGGCCCUCUCCAGUCCUUUGUCCUGACGAAGUAUCAUUUGCUCUUCCUGGUGAGGACAACACCCAGAGUCCUUAGGGAAACCAUGAAGCUCUUUGAGGAAAAGGAAGAAACCAGCUUAUGAGAAUUAAGGAACAAUAAUUCUUGAAAGUUUUGAAUUGGAAAUAUCAGUUGGUGUGUAUCGUCCCAGUGAUCACUACACUGUACAAAUGAAAACCCAAACUCUUGCAGAAUAGAAUGAAAUGCAAUGGUGAUUUCAUUAACUGUGGUGAAUAAAUCUUGUGUAAAAGCGCUGCUUUGUUUCUCAAAGCUUGGUGCCCAUUGUGAUUGAGAUUUUUCUUUCAUUAGUGAGAAACGCACUGAAGUGACAACCUCCCAUAUUUUUUUUCAACUUGACGUCUGGAGGUUUGAUUGACGAACUAUUGUUGGUCGUUUUCAAUUUUGCUUAAUUAUUUUUAAUUAUUCUUCGUUUACAGAUGGAUGUACUUAUCGUAUGAUAUACUGAAAUCGUCUUUCUUGCUGACUUCUGUCCUUUCUCAUAUUUAUUUAGAUAAGAAAAUCAUCUUCAGUUUCCUUGUAUACAUUAAUGUUAAAGGAAGAAAAGCUCUAAAAUUUAAAUACUAUAAUUGGCCUUCCUAUUUUUCAAUUUAUUACUGAUCCAUUGUAAAUACAUUAAUGAGAGUUGUGAGGUUAAUUUCUAAUAGUGAAUUAUUGUUUGCUAACAAUCUUAAAGUCUGUAAAUAAUGAAUAUAUCAACCAGUUUAUGAGUGUACAUGUGCUACAAACUAACCCUGGAACUUGUGAUAAUUGGUGCUCUCAGAAUGUCUGCAACUGUCUGAUUGUAAUUCCUUUUCAAUGAACAUAUGUAUUGUAGUGCAUAAAUAACUUGUCUUUUAGGCUGUAAUGAAAAAAUCUAUUGUACUUACUUUGAAACCUUCUGGUCCAGUAGCAGAAAUUAUUUUGAAGCAUAAUACAGUUAAAUUGUAGUAUUUCAUCAGGCACAGUAUUUUGUGAAGGCAAGUCUAUACUAAUCUACAAAUACAGAGUACAGUUAUAAAACAAUGUGUAUUCAAAGGGGUACUUGAUUCUAAGUUUUUUGUAUCCAGAAAAAUAUCGCAACUGGAUAUUCAAGUUUCUGAAAUAUUCUAAACAUAGGUAAGAGCUCUCUACUAUAUUGUUAAAAAAUUCACCCAUGCAUAAUAACAUAAUAGUUUCACGGUACCCUUUUCGUGUAAGAUAAAGUAAUCCCAAUUACAAAAUUUGCUCUGGAUAAUAAAUGAAAUGAUAAUGCUUGCAUUUGAUACACAAACAAAAUAAUUUAAAAAUAUGUAUAAAUCUGGUUCCAGAAAUAAUAAACCACCAUUUUAUUUUAUGUAUAUAAUUAGUGUGCUAAUGAAUUUCAUUGAAUGUGAAGCAGACAGCAAUUUAAUUCCAUUUUUAACUCCACUUUCUGUUGUAAGGGUAUUUUGAAUAUUUUGGCCCAACAUGUUAAACCUGUGAUUAGUUUUUAGUUUGAAAGGCAGACUUUACUCAGAAGUUAUUUAGUUUAAGCUGAUAAGAACAAAACUGAAUCAUUCAAACAAUCCUUGAAAGGAAACCUCAGUUUGAUAUUUUUGCGAUUCAUUUUGCUAUUUAUUUACUUUGAUGAAUUUAACUUGAUUUACUCAUUCUUACAAUAGAUUUCUUUAACUAAUAUGUAACAUUUUUGUACUCUAUUUUUCAUUUUUUUUUUUUUUUUUAGGAACAACACAGAGAAAGGUUUUUACAUCGGGACCCCCAGUCCAAUUUCAUAUUAAUUUUUCAAGAGAAAUUACCUUCAGAAGUUUAUAUUAAAAGUAUUAAAGGCUGUUACAUAUGCCUUGUCUUUAAAAAAUGCUCAACAACCAGUAAUGUCCCUCUUAUGUGACUGGAUGUUACAUAAAACUGAUUACUUUUACCUUAAAAAAGUUUUCAUUUACAGUAUUCUUUCUUACAACUGUACUCAUUUUCUCAGAAAGUACACUUUUAUACUUUUUUACCCUGUGACAAAUGUAAUUUAUGAAUCUGUUUGUACAUAUUGUAGAUGAAUUGUACUUUUUAUAUAAAUAUAUAUACAGUACUGUACAUUGUAAAUAAUUAUAUUUUCUAAAUUCUGAUGAUACAAUAUAGAUUUUCUUUUGGCAAUAGGGCUUUUAAACUCGAUGACUUUGCCAUGCCUGAAGUGCUUUCUGGUAAAGAGAUGCAACAAUAUAAGGAAAUUAACAUUGUAUUUUGAAUAAUUAUACUGUUGGUUACAGGAACA